AAGGCCGACGAGUCCGGGGUGAACGGAAGUGGGGGAAAAUGUCAAUGAUUUUUCAAUUUUGCGGGUUUUUGAAUUAGAUUUAAAAUAUUCACUAUUUUAUUGCUUACAAAAAUCGAUUUACACAUAUUUGUUUACAAAUUAUUCAUACUUAAAUUAUUGUGCUUAAGAUAUAUCAAGUAUUUACAUAAAAAAAGUAGCUAGUAGCGACAACGUUACUAAUUGUGUUUAUUAUUGAUAUUUUAAUUUGUUACAGACUUUAAAUCCGUGAUAAUUUAGUUAUCCUUGUGUUAAAAUCAUUUCUUUCGACUCCGAAUAAGUUUGAUGUACAACGGAGCUGAUAUAUAUUAAAUCAGCUUUGAUAAUUGAGUUUACAUAAGAAGUAUUGUAAGAAGAUAAUCGAUAUGUCUGAUGGCCAUGGAGAGCCAAAUGUACUUAGGAAAGAUAGUGUUACCAACGCGAAUGUACCCAGUGAUAGUCCAGUAACAGAUCCAGGACACGUUCGAGGGGGUACCACGGACCCAAAUGUUGGUAAAUUUGAAGGACAACGAGGCAAGUCGAGCGCAUUGAAGAAGUCAGCUCGUUAUAGAAGCAGAUCUUUAUCAGCAUCUUCGGCAGACUCUUACAGCUCAACUUCAUAUACUGGGUCUUCAUCAGAUGAAGAUGAAGGAGUGCAGCCGCAUGAAAAGGCGAUCGCAGCCGGCGACCCGAACCCCGCGUACUGCGUCAGAAACGUAGAGCAACACGCAUUCGGCCGCAGGGAGAUUGAGAUCGCCGAACAAGAGAUGCCCGGCAUCAUGGCGCUGAGGGCACGAGCUAAGGACGACAAGCCCCUCAAGGAUGCCAAGAUCGUCGGGUGUACUCACAUCAACGCCCAGACGGCCGUGCUAAUAGAAACAUUAGCAGCACUGGGUGCAACGGUUCGCUGGGCGGCCUGCAAUAUAUACAGCACACAGAACGAGGUUGCGGCGGCUUUGGCACAUGCUGGUUUCGCGAUAUUCGCGUGGCGUGGUGAAAGUGAGGAGGCGUUCUGGUGGUGUAUUGACCAGUGCUGUACUCCGGGCCACACGUGGCAACCCAAUAUGAUCCUGGAUGACGGCGGCGACGCCACACAUCUCAUGCUCAAGAAACACGCCAGUGCCUUCAAACAGAUUAAGGGUAUUGUAGAGGAGAGCGUGACGGGUGUUCACAGACUGUACCAGCUCAGCAAAGCAGGCAAGCUAUGUGUGCCAGCCAUGAAUGUCAAUGACUCCGUCACCAAGACCAAGUUCGAUAACCUGUACUCGUGUAGAGAGAGUAUAAUAGACGCGUUAAAACGCAGCACAGACUUAAUGUUCGGUGGGAAGCAAGCGGUGGUAUGUGGUUACGGAGAGGUCGGGAAGGGAUGCUGUCAGGCGCUCAAGGCUCUCGGUAGUGUGGUAUACAUAACAGAAAUAGAUCCAAUAUGCGCAUUGCAAGCGGCUAUGGAUGGUUUCAGAGUUGUCAAGCUUAACGAGGUAAUAAGACAAGUGGACAUAGUAAUAACAGCGACAGGCAAUAAGGGCGUGGUCACACGGGAUCAUAUGGAGCGCAUGAAAAAUGGGUGUGUCGUGUGUAACAUGGGCCACAGCAACACUGAGGUGGAUGUUCAUGCCCUGAGGACGCCAGACCUGCUCUGGGAGAGAGUUAGGAGUCAGGUGGAUCACAUAAUAUGGCCUAACGGAAAGCGUAUAGUUUUGCUAGCGGAAGGUCGACUUGCAAACCUCUGCUGUUCAUCACUACCCUCAUUCGUGGUCUCUGUCACGGCAGCCACACAGGCCCUAGCACUCAUCGAGCUAUACAACGCGCCGCAGAAUAGAUAUAAGGCAGACGUAUAUCUCUUACCAAAGAAAAUGGACGAAUACGUGGCAAGUCUCCAUUUACCAACAUUUGACGCGCACCUCACCGAACUCACCGACGAACAGGCGAAGUAUCUGGGCCUAAACAAAGUGGGCCCAUUCAAGCCCAACUACUAUAGAUAUUAGGCCUGUUAAUAAAAGCUUUUAUAUAGUGA